GGUGCCACGAAAUAUACUGAUAAAGAUAAUGGAGGGAUGCUUGUAUGGUCUCCAUAUCAUAAUAUUCCAGAUGCUAAGUUGGAUGAAUAUAUAGCAAUAGCAAAGGAAAAACAUGGAUACAAUGUGGAACAGGCACGGCAGCAAACACUGCAGUUAAAUGGAUCUGCAUACAGUUGUGGUCUGGAUUCUCUGCAAAAGAUUGAGCUCUUUGUUUUCAUGACAUGCUCAGCUUGUAAUGUGCACUUUUGAAAGGUUUGGCUCUCGGCAUGUUGUUCUGGCAUAAACAUAAUAUUGAGAAGUCCCUGGCAGAUCUCCCUAACUUCACUCCUUUCCCUGAUGAAUGGACAGUUGAAGAUAAAGUCCUAUUUGAACAAGCUUUUAGCUUCCACGGAAAGAGCUUUCACAGGAUCCAGCAAAUGCUUCCAGACAAAACUAUUGCAAGCCUUGUAAAAUAUUAUUAUUCUUGGAAAAAAACUCGCUCUAGAACAAGUUUGAUGGAUCGGCAGGCUCGAAAACUAGCUAAUAGAAAUAAUCAAGGUGACAGUGAUGAUGACGUAGAAGAAGCUCAUCCAAUGGAUGGAAACGAUAGUGAUUAUGAUCCAAAAAAAGAAGCCAAAAAGGAGGUAACAGAUAGCUUAACGGGCAGUAAUGAGCAGCCUGUUCAGACCAGCAAAAUAGGUCUGGGUAGAAGAGAAUAUCAGAGCUUGCAGCAUCGCCACCACUCUCAGCGUUCCAAAUGCCGUCCACCAAAAGGCAUGUACCUGACCCAGGAAGAUGUGAUAGCUGUUUCCUGUAGUCCCAAUGCAGCCAACACAAUUCUUAGACAGCUGGAUAUGGAACUAAUCUCAUUAAAGCGACAGGUUCAAAAUGCUAAGCAAGUAAACAGUGCACUUAAACAGAAAAUGGAAGGCGGGAUUGAAGAAUUCAAACCUCCUGAGUCUAAUCAGAAAAUCAAUGCCCGUUGGACCACAGAAGAGCAGCUUCUUGCAGUACAAGGUGUCCGAAAAUAUGGUAAAGAUUUUCAAGCUAUUGCAGAUGUAAUUGGCAACAAGACUGUUGGCCAAGUGAAGAACUUCUUUGUAAACUACAGGCGUCGGUUUAACUUAGAGGAGGUAUUGCAGGAAUGGGAAGCGGAACAAGGAACCCUGGCUUCUAAUGGUGAUGCUUCUGCUUUAGGGGAGGACACAAAAAAUACUUCUAAUGUGCCAUCAGGAAAGAGCACUGAUGAAGAAGAUGAGGCACAAAGCACUCCGGCCACUCAAUCUUUAGGCCCUUCGCCUCCAGCGCAGGCCUCUGCCCCGGCACCUACCGCUCCCGUGGCAGCUUUAAACCAGCCGCCCCCGUUACUGCGUCCGGCGCUUCCCGCUGCUCCCGCUCUCCACCGCCAGCCUCCGCCGCUCCAACAGCAGGCGCGAUUCAUCCAGCCCAGGCCGACCCUAAACCAGCCCCCUCCGCCGCUCAUCCGCCCAGCUAAUUCCAUGCCUCCUCGCCUCAACCCCAGGCCGGUCCUCACCACCGUCAGCGGCCAGCAGCCGCCCUCGCUCAUCGGAAUCCAGACAGAGUCUCAGUCCACCCUGCACUGAAGAAACAAAGCAGAACUACGCUAACUCCUACAUUUACAAAAAUAGUAUCAAUGUACUCUUUUUUUUUCUUUUUUUUUUCCAAAAUAAUGAAGGGGAGAAAAAGAGCAAGCCUUCACAGGUGUCCGACCAGUUUUACAGAGGAGCAAGCUAAUAACUAGGAACAGAACCACGUGAAUGACCACCUGUAUAAAAAAUAUUUUUAUGUCGAAGACUUGUACAGCAGAACAAUGCCUACCAUACCGGCCCUCCUCUAUAUGAAUGACUGUUGAAGGAAGCUAACUUCUUAAAUGACUAAACGUUCAACACACCAAGAUUUUGUUUAACUGAUUUUUACUCUAUUUAUUUUAUUACUGUUCUUUGUAGUCAAGCAUCUAACUACAGGAAAGUAGUCUGGCAAAUCCUAGGAAUAGAUAAUAUUGUAGGAGAUUUAAAUGUAGUGUUGAGUUUUUUUGUGUGUGUGAAUUUAUUUUUUUGUUUUUUACUUUUUAGUGCAAAAAAAUAAUGGCCUUAGGUUCAGAAUUUUUGGCCCUGUUUAGAUAACAGUAGAAGCAUUUCAUGCACUUGUAAAAUGUAGGUGUUUCUUCUCUUCAUGUUUUUUCCCAGAACACUUUUUCUUGUUUAAAAAGGUACUGUCUUAUUAAAUACUCCUCUGAAAGAGUAUUCUAAAGACUCAGUGAGCUAUUGUACCAAACUUACUAGAUCUCACGCGUGUUCUACUCACAGAAGUUACCUGAAAACAGGAGUCCAGUUUCCUGCUGCAAUAUUUCUUGUGGGCUGGGGUGGAGAGAGAGGCAGCAAUUUCCACCACCCAGGGGGAUGACAGGAGAGGAAACCAUAUAGCAAGAACCAUUUAAUUUAAUUUGUUAUUCUGCUAAUUCUUCUAAUUUAAGUACAGUAGAAUUUCAUCCCUCUGAGAACGGCUGUCUAGAGUUCGUGUAUGUGUUAGAUCAUUGAUAUCUUGCCUAAGAAUUCACAAGGGAAGUAGAGAGGCUGAUGGUAUUAGUAGAAUAUUGUGGCAGUAGAGUUACCUGCUGCCAGCCCAGUCUUAGAGUUAAAUAAUUAUCUCUGAUUUCUGCUGUUUCUGGCAGAGUUGAUUAGCUGAGCUGAGGCUGUUGUGGGGGGUUUUUUGGGUUUUUUUUUAUUGACUAAGUAAAAUUGCAUUUGGGUAUUAACUAUUGCUUCCAAGUUUUAGGAGACAGAAAGGUUGUCUUUCCACUGCAUUCUUGUCCGAAACCUUGAUUUAUGCCAGCAGUGUUUUAGGGGUGGGUGUGGUUUUUUGGUUUGUUUUUAUUUUUUUUUUAAAUAUAGAUGCCUCUAUCCCCCAAGUAAACCAGGCUGCAAAUUUGAGUAGCACUGUUUGAUUGUGCGGUGUGAUUGAAUCAAGCUAUUGAACAAUACUGCAUUCUUGACCAUGUAAUAACAUUCAUGUCGACUGCCAUACUAUUUAGGAAAUUAUUUUUGCUUAUAGCUGAAAUGGUGUUUGAAAAUCCUUUUAAAUCCGUUUUGUUAUUAACUAGAAUUGUCCUUGACUAAAAUGAGACUUUAUUUCUUUUUUUAUGUGCAAAGGGAAGUUCUUAUAGCAUCAGGUCCUACUUCGUUUGUAAAUUUAGUAUUAAAGUUUGAUAGCUGUGGCCUGGAUUUGCAGUUAAGGUGUUGACCUUCAUUUGAAAAUAUUUUCAGAUCAAGCUUGAGAGAUUUUUCUUUCCAGACGGCUUUCCCUGGUGUGCCGAGGUCUCGUACAAAAGGUCCUUCUUACAAAUUUUCUUUUGCAUCAGAGCAGAUGUUUAGCCACUACGUGAACAUCAGAUGAUCUCUCAUUUAAGAAAAAGCAGCAUUGUAAGGAACACCGAGGAAUUCAUGGUCACUGAAACUUGUGUUCUGGGAGUCAUAAGUAUCCCCCCACCAGCUACACACAAAUCUGGCUGCUCUCCAGACUUUAAAACCAAUACAAAACUGAUCUAGUACAUUUUGACAUCCUAAAUAUCACAGUUUGUUAACAGUGGUAAGAUACAUCUUCAGGAUUUCUUUUCUUUUUUUCUUCUUUUUUUUUUUCUUUUAGCAUUGAGUCUCCCAGGUGUGUGUAUUGUACCUUUGCUAAUUUUUGUCUUGUCUCUUGUCAAUAGACUUCAGUAUGCAGAAUGUUGGGUGUUGCAGUACAGUUGGCCGCCACCAACUGCUAUAAAACUGUUCAGUACAUUGUAAUUCCGUUUAAUCUUGUUUAAGUAUUCUAUAACUGGGCAAAGGUGCUGUAUUUGAAGGGGGGAGGGAGGGUCAGAGAUAGGUAGUAUUUCUUAAUUUACAUACACUGUAGCACACAGUAGGGAACUCCUAGCAUUUGUAGUACUCAAUAAGUAUGUACAUAGCAAAAUGUCUUUAUUGUGUGCUUUGCAGAAUAUGUGCAUACAGUUUGCACGUCCUGUUUUGGGGGGUAGGGUUUGUUUUAAGCAGUGUUUGCCUGGAGAGUGAUAUGCUUGCUGCUUAAUCAAAGGAUUAAAGUUUCAAAGAAAUCUGUGUCUUCUAUUUUUAUGUACCUUGUAAUGGUCUAAUAUGUUAGGGCCCUUAUACUGUGAUUCUCUUCUAAAUUCAUUUAUAUUUUUUUAAGAAUUAGAAAUAAAAUUAUACAAUGGUGUUGAUUUCAGUGGGGAAUUUCUUUUGCCAUGUCUAGUCUCCUGUUUUGUAAUGUAGUAAUGAACUCUGAACUUCAAGGUUGGCUUAAUUUUGUCACUUUAAAAAAAAUGUAAAAUGUUUGCACACUAAAGUUCGCCAGAGAACGUGUAUCCUACAUUGUUCAAAGCUAAUGUAACUCUACAGCUUUUUGUACAGUUUAUUUUAGUUAAUAAAGCAAAACGGUACUAAAAAAUGACAGAUUUUACAAAUGCAAGGCAUAGUCUGAACAACAUGUCUUCUAGGAACAACACUUGCAAAAUAUGGAUGUACAAGAACUAUCAGAUUUAAAUGUUGCACUUUAAAUCAGAAUGGGUAUGAAGUUAAGCAGGUAUUUCUGCAUUAAUAAAACAAUCACUAAACAUUGCA